AUGAAAAGAGAGAGAGAGCGAAGCUUGAAAAUGACAGAGUCGAAACCAGCGAUGCAAUCGUAGAAACAACACCGGCGUCGUCAAAAAGACAGAUGAAGAAGAUUUCAGAUGACCGGAGCAAAAUCUCAGAUCUUCUGCCGAUUGAUCUCAAAAUGGAGAUACUCAAACGGUUACCGGUAAAAACCCUAGGGAGGUUCCUUUGCCUAUCGAAAGAAUAUGCAUCUAUCAUCCGCCGCAGAGAUUUCAUGAAAUUGUACUUGACAGAGUCCACGAAUAGUCCGCAAAGACUCAUCUUCACUUUCGAGAACAAGACUCACUGGAAGCACUUCUUCUUCUCAGCGAGUCCAUGGGAGCAAGAGGAGGAGGAUGAAAUGUCACCCCAAAAUGAAGAUGAAUCAUCAUCAUCAGCCUGUGUAGCAACUUACCAUAUGAAAUGUCAUUCUCAACCAUACACAACUAUUGCUCCUUCUGUUCACGGUUUGAUUUGCUAUGGACAUCCGUCUAAACUCAUGGUGUACAACCCUAGCACUAGACGAUCCAUUACUCUUCCCAAGAUUGAUUCUCAAAGGAUUAAUAUGUACCACUUCCUAGGUUAUGAUCCCAUCCAUGGUGAUUACAAAGUUUUGUGUAUGACAGUUGGAAUGCAUGUUUAUAAAGGACGUGGUAUGGCUCAAGAGCUUCGUGUUUUGACUUUGGGAAAUGGGAAUUCUUGGAGGUUGAUUGAAGAUUUUCCUCCUCAUUUUCUUGAUUAUCAUUAUUCUCCUGAUAUAUGUAUCAAUGGUGUUUUGUAUUAUGGAGCUCUGCUCGACAUAAAGCGACCAGCAGUCAUGAGUUUUGAUGUUAAAUCUGAAAAAUUUCAUCAUAUUAAAGGACCAGACUGUGACUUGCGUCCAAAGCUGAAAAGCUUCAACGGAAAGCUUGUAGCCCUGUUCUCUACUAAUGGUGGAUUUGAGUUGUGGGCUCUAGAGGAUGCUGCGAAACAUGAAUGGGCAAAGAAGUUAUUUGUUUCGGAUAUAGAUUGCUGGAGAAAUGGUUGUAUGUUUCAAGUCUUUUGUCUCACUGAUGAAUGUGAGUUUAUUUUCGCACCAAAAGAACUCGGUAAACCACCAUUUUCCCUUCUCUAUUAUGAUCCGCAGGAAAAUAUUGAGGGAACAGUCCACAUACAAGGCAUCACAGAACUGAAGCUUCCACUUUGGGAUAACGAUUCAGAUCGUCGUUUAAUCUCUAUCUUUUCUGGUCAAGUUGAGAACCUCAUGUGUCUCUAACGAGUGUUCGCUCAUUAGUCUAGAGGACAAUGACCUUAUGGGUUUCAUGAUCAUCUCCACUUUAAAUGUUUUGUUCUCUGGUUGUAGUCGAGUUUUAUCUAGUUUACUUUCAUGAUCUUUUUGUCUUUAUUGGUGACAGUUUCUCUGUUUUGAACUUAUGCGUUACCCUCUUCAUCUUUUAUAAUUAUAGAGGUCUACUACCUUAUGUUACAUCUGGAUUGAUAUAUAUAUGUUUAUAUUUGGUUACAUGUGGAUUCUCGAACCCUCAGAUUUCCAAAUUGUGGACAAAGUACAAUAUGACAUUAAUUUUUGAGAGCUUGAU